AUGUCGACCCCGCUGCGGGGACAAGCUCCGGGCGGGACGCCUGUUCCCAGUCGGCUGUUCCUCGGCCAGUCGCCCCGCACCUGCAGCCCUCUGCACCCAUGAAGCCCCCUCCGAUGAAGCCCCGAGCUGCCAAAGUGAGGCGGAAAGUGGCCGGAGACAGAGAGCAUGUACUGGCGCGUCGGGCUCGCCUGGACGCGGUCGUGUGUGGUUGAUCUUGGCCAGAACCAGAGCUUCUCCUCCGGCCUGCCGGGCUCCGAUGAGCAGCUCUCGUUUUAUGGGUACAUCAUCGCCUACCCACUGCAGGACUACGGCGGGAUAAUGUCAGCUUUGGGCUCGGACUCGUGGUGGCGGAAGACGCUGUAUUUGACCGGAGGGGCUCUGCUCGCCGCUGCUGCUUAUUUGCUGCACGAAUUGCUGGCCAUCAGAAAGGAGGAAGAGCUGGACUCUAAAGAUGCCAUCAUACUCCACCAGUUCUCCAGGCCCAAAACCGGCGCCCCGUCCCUGUCCCCUUUCUGCCUUAAGUUGGAGACCUACCUCCGUAUGGUGGACCUGCCCUACCAGAACUACUUUGAUGGGAAGCUUUCGCCACAGGGAAAGAUGCCGUGGAUCGAAUACAACCAGGAGCAGGUGUGCGGCACCGAAUUCAUCAUCGACUUCCUGGAGGAGAGGCUGGGCGCCAGCCUCAACAAGAGCCUGACGCCGCAGGAGAAGGCCAUGUCUCGCGCCAUCACCAAAAUGGUGGAGGAGCAUUUCUACUGGACCAUAGCUUACUGUCAGUGGGUGGACAACCUGGAGGAGACCCAGAAGAUGCUGUCAGUGAGCGGGCCGCUGAGUGACUUACUCAAGUGGAUCCUGAGUCACCUGACAGGCGGGAUCGUCAAGAGGGAGAUGUACGGCCACGGGAUUGGGCGCUUCUCUAAGGAGGAGGUCUACGCCCUGAUGGAGAAGGACAUGCGCACCUUGGCCACCCUACUAGGUGAUAAGAAGUAUCUUAUGGGCUCUAAGCUUUCGACAGUAGACGCUGCAGUGUUCAGCCACCUGGCGCCCGCUAUGUGGACGCUACCAGGAACACGGCCGGAGCAGCUAAUCAAAGGUGAGCUGAUCAACCUGGCCAUGUACUGCGAGCGCAUCCGCCGGCGCUUCUGGCCCGAGUGGUUCGUGGACCUGGAGGACCUCUGCUACAACGACACCACCGAGGGCAGCGACUCGGCCUGUAAACUCCCCGACCUGGGCCUCUACUCCCGCACAGACACUUUCCAGGAUCACACGCACACGCACACUUCUCGCACUCACACGCCACAGGACCCGCCGUCGCCCGACAGCGACCCUACCGGCCACUCGCUGUAUGACUCCGACAUGGACACAGAGUGCUCUGAAAUCGACCAGCUCAAGUGUUGACACACGUACGGUACACGCCACAUAUCCGCACACCACAGGAGGGCGCUGCAUCCCACCUGUGCACAUGCCCCCUACCUCUUUGAACAGAACAUAACUGGGGAGUGUUUCUGUGUCAGCAGAGAAGUUGAGGACCUAGAGGUUUAACUUGCACACUGUAGCAGAGGAAUGGCUGCGGUGGAGGGGGGAGGGAGUGCAGCGUAGCUCAGAGGUGCCAGGUGAAGGGAAGAAGAGGAGCGAAGGAGCGGGAAAGUCGCAGUGGAGGUGGAGAGAAUAGAGAGCCAGAGCACGAUUCAAAAUCAGACCCAGAGAAACCAGGAGUAAAUGACGCCGCUGCUGAGAAACUCCUCCACGUGGUCGACAACCAUCUGCAGUCACAGCUCCCAGUCGUAACCAUGGCAACUACGUGUGUGCGUGACCUCCCCGCUGUCCCUUGUAGCAACUCGCACCACCCGGCCUUGUGUGUGUUUUGACUUACUGAACCCUUAACGCCUUGUAUUGAUACGACAGUGACACGUAGGGAUCUGUACAGGAUUUAUGUGAACGAAUACAAGUCAGUGUAAAUAUAUAAAUGGAUCUGAAUCAGUUCUCAGAUUUAAUGGAUAGAAUAUUUAAUUAUAUAUGAGUAUAAAUAGUAUAGAUAGCCUGCAAAUAUAGAAUCAUCCCCUCUGUCAUAUGGUGUAAAUACUGGUGCUGUGUCUCCUAUGAAAUCCCUUUUGUGUUGGACAUAAAUAAGCACUCUGCUGGUCUAGGAUCAGUAUGAGGACCCUUUGACUUCCUGUACUGUAUGUAUCUGUCAACACAACUGGGAUAUUACAGUAAUGUCUGCUGCCCAUAUUUAAAUAAUGCAGUAAGAUUUUGUGGAAGAUAAUGGAUGGUGAACUACAAUCUGCCAUAAGCACUUUGAAACUAUCAUUUGUCUUAUUAAGACAGUUAUUUUCCCAAAAAAACUCAUUUUUUCCCCACUUUGGACGCAUAAUAUGACAGCAUGUACAUUGUUUGGAUUGUCAUUGAGGACAGCAGCUUUAGGUCAAAUAGACAUACUACAUUCACGCAUAGAGAGCGAAGCAAACAAUCAUGUAGAAGUAGAUGAAACACAUAUAUCGUCUGAAUGAAGUGCAUGGCUGGUACGUGCCAAUGAAAGUCUCCCUUUACACUUCACCUUAUGUCCCUUUCUUCGCUGGCUCCUUCAUUAAGUUUGAUGUUUAUUUGUCGGUGCCUCUGGCCAACUCAGCCGCCCAAAGAUGUAGCCAAUCAGACUCACACCAUGAUUCAAAACGACGGAUUGCUCAGAGAACGUGACGCAAAAGCAAUAAGGGCCUGUUCGCCCCUAAUGUUGGGUUAGGCUGCCGGUUAGCUGGUGGGGUGUGAUGGUUAGGCGCAGGUUUUUACGUGUGUUUGUCGCUCAGCAAAUGCACGCACCAACACACUGUGUGUUAAAGCUGCUCGUAUGGAUGCAAGCAAGGGGUGUACAGUGUGUAUGCUUCUGUCCAUGCUGCUGCUGCUGCGCGUGGAUGAGUCACCCUCUGUGCAUGGAUGAUGACAUGAUGACACACACACACACACACACACUCACAGACUGUCAUGAUUUCAAUAUUGUUCAGAUGGUGGAAAAGCCAGUAGUGACAGUGUGGCGGUUACAGUGAUGAUGCUGCUGCUUCU